AUCCUCUUCCUUCCCUCCUCCUCACUCUCCAAAGGUUUUUGCGUUUCGCUGAGACCUUUUCUUCCAUCCCUUCUAUACCCAUUGUCCUUCUUCCCUCCGACAAGAUGGUUCAGUCGUCCGUCCUCGGUUUCCCCCGCAUGGGUGUGAACCGUGACCUGAAGAAGGCCAACGAGGCCUACUGGGGCGGCAAGAUCUCUCGCGACGAUGUGCUCGCUGAGGGCAAGAGGCUGCGUCUGGCCCACUGGAAGAUCCAGAAGGAUGCCGGCGUCGACAUCAUCCCCUCCAACGACUUCGCCUUCUACGACCACGUCCUCGACCACAUCCAGAUGUUCAACGCCAUCCCCGAGCGUUACUCCAAGCACGGUCUCGAGCCCAUUGACGAAUACUUCGCCAUGGGCCGUGGCCACCAGAAGGACGGCAUCGACGUUCCCUCCCUCGAAAUGGUCAAGUGGUUUGACUCCAACUACCACUACGUCAAGCCCACUCUCCAGGACAACCAGACCUUCAAGCUGGCUGCUGACCCCAAGCCCGUCCGCGAGUUCCUCGAGGCCAAGGAGGCUGGCAUCACCACUCGUCCCGUCCUCCUCGGUCCCGUCUCUUUCCUUGCCCUCGGCAAGGCGGACCGUGGCCAGAGCGUCGACCCCAUCACCCUCCUCGAGAAGCUGCUCCCCGUCUACGUUGAGCUGCUCGAGAGCCUGAAGAAGGCCGGUGCCGAGACCGUCCAGAUUGACGAGCCCGUCCUCGUCUUCGACCUGCCCGAGAAGGUCAAGGCUGCCUUCAAGCCCGCCUACGAGAAGCUCUCUGGCUCCAACCUCCCCAAGCUGGUCCUUGCCACCUACUUCGGUGACAUUGUCCACAACUUCGAUGUCAUUGCUUCCGUCAAGCACCUCUACGCUCUCCACGUUGACCUUGUCCGCAACCCCGAGCAGCUCCAGAGCGUCCUCGAGAACCUCGGUUCCGAGCAGGUUCUGUCUGCCGGUGUCGUCGACGGCCGCAACAUCUGGAAGACCAACUUCAAGAAGGCCAUCGAGCUCGUUGAGACCGCCGUUCAGAAGAUCGGCAAGGAGCGCGUCAUCGUCGCUACCUCCUCGUCCCUCCUCCACACCCCCCACACCCUUGACUCUGAGAAGAAGCUGCCCGAGGAAGUCAAGGACUGGUUCUCUUUCGCCUCUGAGAAGGCCGUUGAGGUUGCUGUGAUUGCCAAGGCUGUCACCGAGGGCCCUGCUGCCGUCCGUGAGCAGAUUGAGGCCAACGCCAAGUCCAUGCAGUCCCGCGCCUCUUCCGCCCGCACCAACAACCCUGACGUCAAGAAGCGCCAGCAGGAGGUCACCCCUGAGCAGCACAACCGCAAGUCUGAGUUCCCCGAGCGUUACGCCCAGCAGAAGAAGCACCUCAGCCUUCCCCUGUUCCCUACCACCACCAUCGGUUCCUUCCCCCAGACCAAGGAGAUCCGUAUCCAGCGCAACAAGUUCACCAAGGGUGAGAUCACUGCCGAGGAGUACGAAAAGUUCAUCGAGAAGGAGAUCGACGAUGUUAUUGCCAUCCAGGACGAGCUCGACCUUGACGUCUACGUCCACGGUGAGCCUGAGCGCAACGACAUGGUCCAGUACUUCGGUGAGCGCCUUGACGGCUACGUCUUCACCACCCACGCCUGGGUCCAGUCUUACGGCUCCCGCUGCGUCCGUCCUCCUAUCAUUGUCGGUGACAUCUCCCGUCCCGCUCCUAUGACCGUCAAGGAGUCCAAGUACGCUGCCUCCAAGUCCAGCAAGCCCAUGAAGGGCAUGCUUACUGGCCCCAUCACCUGCCUGAGGUGGUCUUUCCCCCGUGACGACGUUCACCAGUCCGUCCAGGCCCAGCAGCUGGCUCUCGCCCUCCGUGACGAGGUCGUUGACCUUGAGGCCGCUGGCAUCUACGUCAUCCAGGUCGACGAGCCUGCCCUCCGUGAGGGUCUUCCCCUCCGUGCCGGCAAGGAGCGUGAGGCCUACCUCAGCUGGGCCGUUGACUCCUUCAAGCUUUCCACCGCUGGUGUCAACGAUUCCACUCAGAUCCACUCCCACUUCUGUUACUCUGAGUUCCAGGACUUCUUCCACGCCAUUGCUGCCCUUGACGCCGACGUUCUCUCCAUCGAGAACUCCAAGUCCGAUGCCAAGCUCCUCAAGGUCUUCGUCGACAAGGCCUACCCCCGCCACAUCGGCCCCGGUGUCUACGACAUCCACUCUCCUCGUGUCCCGUCCGAGCAGGAGAUCAAGGACCGUGUCGAGGAGAUGCUUCAGUACCUCAAGCCCGAGCAGCUCUGGAUCAACCCCGACUGCGGUCUUAAGACUCGCCAGUGGAAGGAGACCAAGGAGGCGCUGUCCAACCUGGUCACCGCUGCCAAGCACUUCCGUGAGAAGCACGCCAACUAAACAGUUCAGUUUUAUCAACCAAAGCUGGACAGGCUCGGCAGCCCAACGCUGUGAGCCGCUAAUUACGUGUUACGAGGAUAUCUAAAAGUCUUUUUCAACAUGACACGAGACUUCGUGGGGAUGAGGGGAAAAAUUCAACAUCGGCGUUUUCAAUGUCCCGUGGGAUGGGACUUACAAGCUUGGCGUUUUGGAAGGAUAUGAGACUGUAAUGCGAAGCAUUUAACAGUCGAAGCUGCCACCUUUCGGUAGUUGAUGUAGAGCGGCAUACCCUUGCUUAGCAGGGUUGCUGGAUGGGUCCUUUGGACAAAUAACAAAAACCAUCAUAACUC